CGGUAAAACCGCUGAAGAAAAGACAUAUAGCCUCGUAUGGUAGCCUCAGACGAUGUUGACCAUGAGAGCACAGAUGGAUGUGAACUGCUGUAAAUCAGUAGGAACGGAUCUGUCCAUGCUGGAUAUUGAGGAUUUCAUCACUGAAAUCUGUCAGCUGAAGAAAGAGGUGGCGUCACUGGAGGCAAAGCUGAGAGAAAGAGGAGACAAACCCGACAGAGAGGAUCUGGAGAAGGUUUCAGUGUGUGUGACUGAUGGGACAGAAGCUCAGGAUCAUGGAUCUGCUGAUCAAACCUCUGACUGUAAUGCUGGAGAACUGCAGAUGAAGAUGUACUCUGUCAAACUGGAGGACUACAGGUACCUGAUGGAGAGACGAGGAGAAGAAACCACAGCAGAUCAACAACAACAACAGAGCUUUAAGAAGGAGGAGGAGGAGGAGAUUGACUAUUAUAAGGAUAAAGGGAAUGAGAAACAGAAAGAUGGGACAGAUGCUCAGGAUUCGCUCUGGAGUAUCAGAGAUCAGAGAUCCAGUGACACACAGGACUCAGAGCUCAGCCUCACAUUCCUGUGUUAUACUGACGCUCAGGAUCAUGGAUCCGCUGAUCAAACCUCUGACUGUAAUGCUGGAGAACUGCAGAUGAAGAUGUGCUCCGUCAAACUGGAGGACUGCAGGAACCUGAUAGAGAGACGAGGAGAAGAAACCACAGCAGAGGAACAACAACAACAGAGCUUUAAGGAGGAGGAGGAGGAGGAAGAUCAGAAUGAUAAUGUUGAUGACUUUGUUCCUUCAGAUGAAAACACUGGUUUAUCUUCUGAUGGAGAAACUGCCUCUACAUCCAAAGAGCGAUGGACAGUGAAGAGUUUCUCCUGGGAAACCUGUGGGAAAACAUUGAGCUCACAGGGACGUUUAGCGAGACAUGAGAGAACACACACAGAACAGAAUGACCUUACCUGUAAGAUAUGUGGCAUCAUAUUUUCUACCUCAGAAGAGAAGAGACUUCAUUCAAAACAGCACAAGAAGAAAGAGUUUCAUUGUGAACAGUGUGGAGAGAAUUUUAAUUCCACUUCUACUCUCUACCGUCACAAACAGAAGUUGCACAGUAGUGAAAAACCUUUCGAAUGCAGUGAGUGUAACAAAUAUUUCCGCACCAAAGGACAUCUUUCAACUCAUAAGAAAUACCACAAGGAGGGAAAGCUGUACCAGUGCCUUCAAUGUGAGAAGAGCUUCAAACAAGAAUACAAUCUAAAGAUGCAUCUACUCACACACACCAAUGAGAGGCCGUACCAGUGCAGUGAAUGUGGGAAAAGCUUUAAGGACUCAAAAUAUCUGAAGGAACACCAAAGAAUACACUCUGAAGUCAAACCAUUAAAGUGUUCUCACUGUGAGAAACGUUUCUAUCAUUCAGCGCACCGGAAAACCCAUGAGAGGAUUCACACCGGAGAGAAACCGUACCUGUGCUCCUUCUGCGGGAAGAGCUUUGCUAGUCCGUUUUAUUUCAAAGUUCAUCAGAGAUUUCACACUGGAGAAAAACCUUAUCACUGUAGUGAUUGUGGGAAGGGAUUUACUAAUUCAAGUUGCUUACAAAUGCACCAGAGAAUUCAUACAGGAGAGAAACCUUUUAAAUGCUCACAUUGUGACAAGACUUUUGCUCGAUCAAGUGACCUAAAGAGCCAUAAUCGAGUUCAUACUGGAGAAAAACCUUACCACUGCUCCAUCUGUGACAAGAGAUUCGCUUUUAGCUGGGGUUUUAAGACUCACCAGAAGAAACACACUGUUCCAGAGUCAUCAUAGAUUCAUCAUGUUGUCACAGGUGGUUGCUGGCAGACAGAUGAGGAUUAGUGCUUCUAGGUUGUACGUCACAUGCAUCACACACAUGGCCAAAAGUAGGGAUGGGCAUCGUUAAGAAAUUAUCGAUGCCAUUGUCGAGUCUGCUUAUCGAUUCCCAUAUCGAUUCCUGUACCAUUUGCUGAACACUUACAGGGUGGCUUUGAGAGUUGUUGGUUCUGAAUGUCUAAUUUAAAGUGGAUU